AUGUUGUAUCUUGUGGGACUUGGUCUAUCCGACGAGACCGAUAUCACGGUGAAGGGUCUGGAAGUCGUCAAGAAGGUGUCCAGAGUGUAUCUGGAAGCCUACACCAGCAUCUUGCUUGUGGACCAAUCUGUGCUUGAGGAGUAUUAUGGUCGCUCAAUAACAAUCGCUGACCGUGAAAUGGUCGAAUCAAAUAGCGACGAGAUUCUGCGCAACGCCCAAAACGAAGACGUUGCCUUCCUUGUCGUCGGCGAUCCCUUCGGUGCGACAACACACACCGACCUAGUUAUUCGAGCACGCGAACUGUCUAUCCCUGUGCGAACUGUGCCAAACGCAUCCAUCAUGUCCGGCAUCGGCGCUUGCGGCCUCCAACUAUAUAACUUUGGACAAACAGUGUCUAUGGUGUUCUUUACAGAUUCAUGGAAGCCUGCCUCUUUCUACGACCGUAUCAAGGAGAAUCGUAAUAUUGGGUUGCAUACAUUGGUUCUAGUGGAUAUCAAAGUCAAGGAACAGAGUUUGGAGAAUAUGGCCAGAGGAAGACUGGUUUAUGAACCCCCACGAUACAUGACUGUAGGGCAGUGCGCUCAACAGAUGAUUGAGAUUGAAGAUGAAAAGAGAGAAGGUGCAUACACCCGUGAUAGUUUGGCCAUUGGAGCGGCUCGAGUGGGCGGGAAAACAGAGAAGUUCAUUGCCGGGACUCUGGAGGAGCUUUGUUCGACUGAUGAUCUUCUCGGCCCCCCGCUACACAGUUUGGUUUUGCUGGGAAGGCGGACGCAUGAGCUGGAACUCGACUACGUUCGGGAAUUUGCUGUAGAUAAGGAGAAAUGGGACAAGAUUUGGAAGGAGGACUAUGGGAAGCAGCUUUGA